CGGCUCCCGAGGAGCCAGAGCCAGAACCGAAGUGUCUUGUCCCACGGCGGAGACUUAGCUGGAGUAACGGCCUCCGUGCAACCUUGGGACGCGAACGAUGGGUCUCAUCUCAAAGCUGAAGCUUGCUGUUCCAUGGGGCCACAUUGCGGCCAGAGCCUGGGGCUCCCAUCAAGCUGCCCCCGUUCUCUGCCUUCACGGCUGGCUGGACAAUGCCAACUCCUUUGACAGACUCAUCCCUCUUCUCCCAAAAGACUUUUAUUAUGUUGCCAUGGACUUCGGGGGUCAUGGGCUCUCAUCCCACUACAGCCCAGGUUUCCCAUACUACCAUCAAAACUUUGUGAGUGAGGUCCGGAGAGUUGCAGCAGCCCUGAAAUGGAACCGGUUUUCCAUCCUGGGCCACAGUUUUGGUGGCACUGUGGGUGGAACGUUUUCCUGUAUCUUCCCUGAGAUGGUAGAUAAACUCGUCUUGCUGGACUCCUCACCACUUGCCCUGGACACGAACGAGAUAGACAACUUGCUGACCUGCAAGCGGAGGGCCAUAGAGCAUGUGCUGCAGGUGGAGGCCUCCAGGAAGCCCGCGCAGGCGGUCAGCCCGGAAGAGAUGCUGCAGGGGUUCCUGAAAAACAACAGCCACGUGGGCGAGGCGUGCGGGAAGCAUCUCCUGCAGAGAGGAACCACACAGGUGGCCACGGUUUCUCUUCAACAAGUGAUGACGUUCCUCUUAGCUUUUUGGUGCUUCCUGGUACAUAAAGAUCCCAGUGAACAUUUCGGGGUUCCCAGAGAUGAGAUUGUGAUGCCAGGUGUGUGGCUGAACAGAGAUCGGAGGAUCACUUGGCCGGAGCACUGCUUUGAUUUCGUCAGCAGGGAGCUGUUCGUGCACUACAUCAAAAAUCUGCAGGCCCAAGUCCUGCUCAUCAAAGCAACGGAAGGAUAUUAUGCCAUAAGAAGAGAGAACGACGGCAACAGGGAGCCCAUGAUGUUCGUGAGCAGCUCACUGAAGUCUGUCCUGAAAGAGAGGUUCCAGUACGUGGAAGUCCCAGGCAAUCACUACAUCCACAUGAACCAACCCCAGCAGGUGGCUGGUGUCAUCAGCUCCUUUUUACAGAACAAGGAAGGAACCCCAGCCCCCCUGUAGCCCUGGGCCUGGGGCUACAGCCGCCUGCUUCAGCACCAGACUCCCAGCUCCCAAGCCCAGACCAGCGUGCUGGGGACAGGCCCCUGGUCCCGAAGACCAGCACAGCCAGAAGCGAGUGCUAAGGCAGAGCUGGGGGUGGGGGCGUGGAGGGGUGUACUGACUUCAACAUCUGUGACUUCUGGGGGGUGGGAUGGUGUCUGUUUUAUGACUAGGCAGAGGGUAUGUGUGAGGCCUGAGAUAGGCCCAGCUGGCUUUUAUAGUCCUUUCUUGCCACCCAGCUGCAUGAAAAAUAAAAUGCUCUUGUAUUCUGCUUGUGA